CGGCGCUGCUGAGCUGCUGUGCGCACGUGCAGUGGUAGUCUGCUAAAGUUUCGAUCUCAUAGACUCGCGGUGUGAGUGUGAAAUACAUGUGAAUAUGGCUCUUGGCUCCGUCGCGGACAAUGCAAACGGUGUCGAAGUGAAGCAAGAGGAAAGCAACGCCAACAAUGACUCCGCGUCCACGACCAAUUCCGGAGCCACAUCUGCUCAAGAUUUGAAGAAGAAACUGAAAAUGAAACAGCACCUGAGCAACGGGCACGCAGACACUCCAGUAAACGGAGCCCCGGAGGAGAACAACAAUGCCGGAGGGAAAGAAGUGAACGGAGUGCACAAGUCGAAAAAGAACAAGAAGAAUGCAGAGCCAGAGGAAACAGGGGCGGAGGAGGACACUUCCAAGAAGGACGAGCAGGAAGUGGUCUUCAUUCAAGACAUGGGGUUCACUGUCAAAAUAGUCAGCCCCGGCAUUGAGCCUUUUGACAUCCAGGUUUCAAGCAUGGAGCUUGUUCAGGAAAUUCACCAAUUGCUGAUGGACAGAGAAGACACUUGCCAUCGCACUUGCUUCAGCCUUCAGCUUGAUGGGACCACACUUGAUAACUUUGCUGAGCUAAAAAAUAUUGAGGGUCUUUCAGAAGGAUCCGUUAUCAAAGUUGUUGAAGAGCCUUACACAAUGCGGGAAGCUCGUAUUCAUGUUCGACAUGUCAGAGACCUUCUUAAGUCUCUGGAUCCUGCAGAUGCCUACAAUGGUGUGGAUUGCAGUUCUCUUGCAUACCUAAAUGUGGUGACACAAGGUGAUAUCAUGGAGAAAAAGAAAUCUCGACCCGAGAGUGUGGACUGCACUCCACCAGACUUCAUCAUGCCUGGAAGCAGUGAUCGACCCCUUCUUCCCAUCCAGCCUCAGCACAAAGAGCAAAAGGGACCUCAGUGCGUAAAAGUUCUGACAACUUCUGGUUGGAAUCCGCCACCUGGCUACAGGAAAAUGCAUGGAGAUCUCAUGUACCUGUACGUUGUUACUCUUGAAGACAAGCAUUUCCACAUCACUGCUUGCUCAAGAGGAUUCUUUGUUAACCAGUCUUCUGAGGAGGAAUUCAACCCGAAGCCAUCUUCUCCAAGCCAUCUCUCUCACUCACUAAUCGAGCUAAUGAGUCAAACAAGCCCUGCCUUUAAACGAAAUUUUGCUUCACUUCAAAAGAAAAGGACACAGAGGCAUAUUUUCGAGAGAGUUGCUACCCCGUAUCAGCUUUAUGCCUGGUGUGCCCCUCAAAUGGAGCACACUGUUGAUGCUAUUCGAGCAGAGGACACCUUCUCAUCCAAGCUUGGCUAUGAGGAACAUAUUCCUGGUCAAACUAGGGAUUGGAAUGAAGAGCUCCAAACUACUCGUGAACUGCCCCGUAAAAACCUCCCUGAAAGAUUGUUGAGAGAAAGGGCAAUAUUCAAAGUGCACAGUGACUUUGUCGCUGCUGCAACACGAGGUGCCAUGGCAGUCAUUGAUGGCAAUGUUAUGGCAAUUAAUCCUGGGGAUGAGUCUAAAAUGCAAAUGUUUAUCUGGAACAACAUUUUCUUUUCACUUGGCUUUGAUGUGAAGGAUCACUACAAAGAGUUAGGGGGAGAUGCUGCUGCAUUUGUUGCUCCUCGGAAUGACUUGCAAGGUGUGCGUGUCUACAGUGCAGUUGACUUGCCUGGAUUGUACACUCUUGGAACUGUUGUCAUUGAUUACCGUGGUUACAGAGUCACUGCUCAGUCCAUCAUUCCUGGAAUUUUGGAAAGAGAGCAAGAGCAGUCAGUUGUGUAUGGUUCAAUUGAUUUUGGUAAGACUGUCUUGUCCCACCCAAAGUACAUGGAAUUGCUUGCCAAAGCUGGACAACAAUUGAAAAUACAGCCUCACAAAGUUUUGAAUGACAAGAGUGAAGUUGUUGAGCUGUGCUCUUCAGUGGAAUGUAAGGGAAUCAUUGGUAAUGAUGGACGCCAUUACAUUCUUGACCUGCUGCGUACCUUCCCACCAGAUGUGAACUUCCUGAAGUUGCCUGGUGAGGAGCCCCUCAGUGAUGAUGUCAAAGCAUUGGGCUUCCCAAUUGAGCACAAACAUAAACUGUGUUGUCUUCGCCAGGAGUUGAUUGAUGCCUAUGUUGAGUCUUGUUAUCUGAAAUUCAUCAAGUAUGCAGCUGUUCAUCUUCAACAGUUGGGAAGGAAGCAGCAAGAGCGCAAGCAAAUUGAAUCUGCUAAGGAGAAGGCUAUUAAUGAACAAAACCUCAAAGAAUCUGAUGAUUCUGACAAGAAGGAUGCUGAAAAGAAGGAAGCUAAGAAAGACACCAAAGAUGACAAAGAGAAAGAUAGUGAACUGGAAGCUGAUGAGGCGAAGAAGCUUGUGGAAAGCAUUACGGACUCUCUCACCAAUGGAGACAAGAAAGAUUUAGAAGAAAGUACUAGGUCUAUUGUUCGACAGGCUGCUGAGCAUGUUGGCUCAUUGAAGGAAGCGGAGUUUGACAUCAGUUUUAAUCCUGAUGUUUACUCCCCUGGUGUUCAGCAUGUCAAUGCCGAUGGCCCUCAGCUCAAGAAGGAAAGACACCUUGUAAGAGAUGCUGCUCGCUUCCUAGUUACGCAGCAAAUCCCCGGCUUUAUUCGUGACUGUUUGGAUCAUUCAAUGCCCAUGAUGGAUGGCCCUACACUUGCCGAAACUCUCCACACCCGAGGCAUUAACAUUCGCUAUCUUGGUAAGGUGGCGGACCAGCUGGCUAGUGUGCAGCAGCUUGAGUACUUGUAUCACAUUGCCGUCAGUGAACUGGUGACCCGCUCAGCCAAGCAUUUACUGACUACAUACAUGCAGUCCGUUGAGCUCAUGAGCCUUUCAGCGGCAGUGAGCCACUUCCUAAACUGCUUCCUGUCUUCAUGCGCUGUACCGCAUGCCCAGCAAGUGCCUGAAGAGCUUCAAGGCCGUUCCAAACGCCGUAACAAAAGGAAAGGGAGAGGUGGAAAUUCCCUGCAUUCCUCUGAUGUAGAGUGGGCUGCCUUGACUCCGACCUCUUUCUGGAAACAGCUCAGAGCGGAACUUAGGUCAUACUAUGGCUGGACUCUUCCAGUCGACAGUAUUGAUGCACUAGUAGCAACCUUCAGCAUCCAGAAAAUCUCUCUUUUGAGGUCAUUCUGUAUUAAAACAGGCAUUCAAAUUCUUUUGCGAGAAUACCUCUUUGAUUCCAAGAACAGGGUAACAUUCUUAGAAGAAGACAUUCUUAAUAUCUUCCCAGUGGUGAAGCACAUCAAUCCGAGGGCAAGUGAUGCUUACAAUUUCUACACUACUGGUCAGAACAAAAUUUCCCAAGGCUAUAUGAAAGAUGGAUAUGAACUAAUUUCUGAAGCAUUAAAUCUUUUAAACAAUGUAUACGGUGCUAUGCAUCCAGAAAUUGCUCAAUGUCUGCGAAUGCUAGCACGUCUUAGCUAUUUAAUGGGAGAGCACUCUGAGGCCUUGGCAUACCAACAGAAGGCUGUCCUCAUGUCUGAGAGAGUAAAUGGCAUUGACCAUCCAAACACUAUAACAGAAUAUACCCACUUGGCUUUAUAUUGCUUUGCAAACAGCCAAGUCAGUACAGCAUUGAAGCUUCUCUACCGUGCCCGCUACCUAGCUCUUCUUGUUUGUGGAGAGAACCAUCCUGAAAUAGCGCUUCUUGAUAGCAACAUUAGUUUGAUUCUUCACGCUGUUGGAGAGUUUGAACUGUCUCUGCGUUUCUUAGAAAAAGCAUUGUCCUUAAACAUCAGAUAUUAUGGGGCAAAUUCCAUCAAAGUGGCAGUCAGCUACCAUCUUGUAGCUAGAACACAGAGUUGCAUGGGUGACUUCCGGGCAGCCUUAAACAGUGAGAAGGAAACAUAUGCCAUUUACAAACGCCAACUUGGUGAGGAUCACGAAAAGACCCGGGAGUCAUCAGACUGCUUACGACAUCUUACCCAGCAAGCUGUGGUUCUUCAGAAAAAGAUGAACGAAAUUUACACUGGCAAGCCAGGUGCCAGCAUGCCACCAAUUCAGAUCCAGCCACCAUCAAUGGGUUCAGUCCUAGAUAUGCUCAAUGUCAUAAAUGGCAUUCUCUUCCUACACAUUAGCCCGCAUGAUAUUGAAAUUUUGAAGGCUGAAAUGGAGAAGAGACAGCCCACCAGUCCUCUGAAUUCAGAAGAGAAGGCGGCCAUUGAAGAUAAGGGAGGUGAAGAGAACCAAGCUGUACCAACCAAGAAGACUGAUAGUGAUACUGCGGUGGUUGCAUCAAGCUGAGGUGAAGUCAGCAGCCAUUGGACUAGCGACCUGAACAAUUUUGACUGCAAAAAUAUUAACACUUUGCUGCGGCCUCCAUUUGAGGUAAACUUGGUAGCCAUCAUACUGCAACCUGAACAAUUUUUGCAUCAGCAGGAAUGAACAUGCAACGCAACACCCAUCUCAGUACUUGUGUGCUUUGUAAGAAAUGUUAGUUUGUCCUCCAAUUUUUAUUGAUCUAUGACUCAUGGCAACUGGUUUGUGAGCUCUUGUGGAGCAAAAUAAUUGUUACUAAAGUUUUAGAGCAAAUUAAUGUUAUGUAAUGUUGAGUUGGAAAGAGCUUAUUUUAGCUUGCUCUGCCCACACUGAUUUGUGUGGCUGUUUAACUGUUAUAACAGAGUUGCGAAACUCUACCACUCAGAAGUUAUUUGUAGAGAGCGUUUGUUAAACACACCAAAUCUUUUACCUAGUUUUGAAUUGUUGUUUGCUUGAGCCGUAUAUUAUUGGCUCAACAAUGUUGUUGUCAUUGAGGUGCUAAGACAAAUAAUUGUUUUCAGUUACAUAUUGUUAUCUUAGGCUGAUAGAAUUGUAAAUGUGUGCACAUGAUCAGUUAAAAUGUGCAGGUGGCCUUAUUGCUUGUUUGUAUUGUGAUAUGUGUGCACAUGGGUGCCAGCCUGUAGUGUAAGUUGUACCCUGUUCCCUAGAUAAUAGAAUUCAACAAGAUAGUUUUUAUAAUGUUGCCUUUUUAUAGUUUUAGAAUUAUAUGCAUUGGUAUUGAAGGCAUAAUGAGCACUGAAGCAAUAAUGUGAUUCUCUGGCCUUAGUUGUCAUUGCUUGUCAUCCCGUCAUAAAUGUCAGCCAUUCUCAUUGAUUACCAACAUCACUAGCCAUUAACCACAAUAGAUUUGCCAAAGGUCCCCUCCCCUUUUUUUACCCCUUUUUUUUGUUUUUCUUCUGUAUUACUUUGCUUGUUCAGAUUAUCAUGCACGGUGGGGCAAGUUUGAGAGCAAAAUCGUUUGCAUUGCGUUAAAGUGUUAAGUGUGCUGAGAGGAGUGUAUCCACUCCUUUGCCUGGCCUUGCAGCUGGGCAGUAGUCAUGAAGAGUAGGUUGUGGUAGCCAUUUUAGUGUAGUCCCUGUGUUGUAGUGAUUGUAUUGUGUUAUUGAAUUGGUUAACAUUCCACCUUGGUUGGUGUAGGGUGAUGGAGACAAACAUUGUCCGACACCACCAAUGCCGCGACUGUUGACCCCCAUGACUUGACGCCAAAUGAUGCAUCAGACAGUUUGAUCGUUUGCGCUGAAGAGAUAAGUUUUUUUUUUUUUUUUUUUUUUGAAAAUUCCUGUUUUAAUGCAAAAAUCUUCCAGAAGGAUCCAAUAUUGUUUUUAUUUGUUAUAUAUUAACACUGUAUUUCAAUUGUGAUAAUGUCUGGCAAGUGAGCGCUUUAUAUUUUUCAUGUAGAAUAUUGUAAGUUGCUCAGUUAAGUACCAGAAAUGUAAUACCAAUGUUGAGUUUAAGCGAGGGUUAGCAUUUGAAUUUUCUGAAAUGGUGGCCUUGAUUAAGCAACUGAUUUGAAAACAGCAAUUAUUUUUUGUUUGUAGUAGGCUUUCUGAGUUUUACGUAAUUUUAAAUCAUCAUCAGUCAUGAAGUCGCAUCAGCUACUUAUUUGAAUGCUGCUCAUUCAUUGCUUAUGGCAAUUUCAAUGGGAGAAAGCAUAUCAUUUCAUUGUAAAAGCUCGAGCUUCUUCAGUGCCAAUGGAUUUAUUGCGACCUGUGUUACCUUCCGUUAUUAUGUGGUUGCCAGUGGGCGGUUUCCCAAAGAGACUUGCCGUUUCAUUGCACUUUAAGUGGUGGGUAACUUUGUCUUUGUGAUUAGUACAUAAAAUUAUUUUUGUUUAAGGAUCUCUAGGAGUUAGAUUUUAAUCUAUCUGGAAAACUACUCAAAGAACUGAUAAUUGCGAGGAUGUUUAAUAAGGUUUUAUUGAGUUGGCCAGUAAUGAAUUAGCUGUCCACUAGUUCUAUGUUAUACCAAGUGGUGCCAUAGCUGAGCCAUCUCAUUCAUACAUGCUAAUUACAUGUAACAUGUUAAUUUGAGAAUGUCAAUGCAAUAAUGAUCUGUGUAUACCCCUUAAAUUUUGAGAAGACUAAUUUGGCAGUGAAGCCUAAAAUAACUUUGGGUUGAAUGUUUUGACUUGUUUACUAAACAUAACAAAGUUUAUAACUAAUGUUUUCUUUUUGUUGAAUCUUCAUAUAUUUUGCUAGUCAUCAGUUGAUACCUGUUAAAUUUGUUAAUGUAUUGAAGGUGUGUUGCAUUGUUACAUACUUUUGCUCAAGUCAUCAUUAAGAUUCCUAAAUUAUGAUAUCUUGUGGUUCAAAUGUAUUCUCCAUCACUGCUACAUUACAUUGAAAUAUUUCUCAUUAAAACUCUGUAGCCUGUUGUGAGAACUGUUGUUCUGAUGGUUCCAGGUCAUGUUAAACUAAUAAAAUUCAAGCCUUUGUUGGGUAACCAAUGAA